CCUCGCUGCCCGCGGCUCCUCGGCCCCCUCGUGCGCCCUCGCUCCCCGGCGGCUCCUCGCGCGGGGCCCCGGACCCCCGAGGGAAGAUGGCCGCGGAAGCGGCGCGGAGCUGGCUGGACGCGCUGGCCCAGCAGGCCGAGGAGGGCUCGGCCCCGCUGCGGGAGCUGCUGUCGGCCGGCCUCUACCUGCUGCGCACCGAGCUGGGCCUCGACCUGGGACUGGAGCCGUACAGCUACCCGGCGUGGGUGAUCCUGCUGGGCACGGCGGCGCUCGGGCUGCUGCUGCUGCUCCUGCUUGGGUUGGGAUGGGCCGCGGCGUGCGCCGGGGCCCGCCAGAGGCGGAGGAGCCCGCCCCGCCGGCGGGAGGAGGCAACGGCCCCGGCUCCGGCCCCGGCCCCGGCCCCGGCCCCGGAGGACGGAAUCCUCCUGAAGAGCCUCAAGAGCGAGGAUUCGAGGAAGAAGAACCGGAAGAGACUGGCCGAGAAGCCCAAGCCAAAUGGACGAACUGUGCUUGAAGUGCCAGAUGAAGAAGUAAUUGUAGCUCCUCGAAGAGAAAUGGCAAAACAACAUCAGCAGCAGCAACAGCAGCAACAGCAACAACAACAACAACAGCAACAACAACAGCAGCAGCAGCAGCAGCAGCAGCAGCAGCAGCUAGAUGGAGAAAAGAAAAAUGAAAAGUUAAAGAAAAAUAAGAAGAAAUCAAAGUCAGAGGUUAAAGCAGUGCAGAACAGUUCACGCCAUGAUGGAAAGGAAGUUGAUGAAGGAGCCUGGGAAACUAAAGUCAGUAACAGAGAGAAACGGCAGCAGCGUAAGCGCGACAAGGUGCAGCCUGAUACUGGUCCCUUGGAUCCAGCUGUCUCGGGGAUAGAAAGUGCCUAUACAGUAACCACUGAGCAGCUUAUUACAACUUCGUUUCCCGUUGGUUCCAGGAAGAAUAAAGGUGAUUCUCUUCUCAAUGUUCAAGGUAGCAACUUUAAGUCUGGAAAAGGAGAUCUCACCCUUCAGGGAUUGAAUGAAAACCCUACUGUAAAUGGAGGCAGCUGGAAUGAAAAGUCCAUAAAAAUCCCUUCACAGAUCAGUGCAGGUGAGGAGAAAUGGACAUCUGUGUCAUCUGCUUCAGCUGGAAAGAGGAAGAUUGAGCCAUCUAUUUGGGGUCAGGAUACUGGAGAUACUAGUGCAAAUGGAAAAGACUGGGGUGUGUCCCUGGUGGGAAGGACCUGGGGUGAACAUUCAUUAUUCCCUGGCAUUGCUUCUUGGUCUGGUGACGUGGACAGAAGGGUAAAUAAUUCGGCUGAGCAGAAUUCUGCUCCUUUUCCAUCUCUGGCACUCACCACUGCAGUUUCUGGGUCUACCACUGAGGUUUCUCAGUCUACUGCUUCUGAUUUUCAGUGGGAUGUAAGCCGUAAUCAACCCCAUAUCGAUGAUGAAUGGUCUGGGUUAAAUGGACUUUCUUCUGCUGAUCCCAGCUCUGAUUGGAAUGCUCCAGCUGAAGAGUGGGGGAACUGGGUAGAUGAAGAGAAGGCUUCAUUUCUGAAAUCCCAAGAGUUAGUCCAUGAUGACAAAUUUUCAGAUGAUGAUAAAGAAAAGGAAGAUGUGCCUCUUCAAAGUUCUGCAUCUGGUAAAUCUAAAAAGAAGAAAAAGAAAAAGAAGAAGCAAGGUGAAGAGACUAACACUCCUACACAGGAUACAGAAGAAUUAGAGAAAGAGUUUAGAGAAGAUUUCCCAAUGGACACCUCUAAAAUCCAUACAAAACAGAAAAAAGCUCUUUCUUUGAAGACCAUGAGCACUAGUGAUCCACCUGAAGUACUCAUCAAAAGUAGCCAGCCUGUUAAGACUCUUCCACUUGCUGUUUCUACCGAGCCAUCUGUAAUUUUAUCACAAAAUGAAUCUGACAAGAUCACUUCCCAAGUGCCCCAGACGCUACAAGAGACAGCUGUUUCCAAGCCUAAUCUUAAACAGAAUAGUGUGCCUCCUUCCCAGACCAAGUCUGAAGCUAGCUGGGAAUCUCCCAAACAAGUAAAAAAGAAGAAAAAAGCUAGACGAGAAACGUGAAUGUUUUAUCCUGAAUUGGACAUGUGUUGUGCAGACACUGUCUUGAAGAUUAUGCUGUUUAUGCAAUAAUUUGUGAACAUGUACAGAAUUUUAUAUAAAUUUCAACUGAUUUUUAAAGACAAAACUGCUGUGAAUGCAACCAUCAUUAAAAUGGAAUCAAAGGAAAGUUAAUUUGCGAAAUUAAGAGUUCAACAGAACAUGCAACAUUGCUGGAAGAUGCUUAGGAGUCUCUUUUUCAAUUUUAUGAACUGUGUUAAUUUAAGAAUAGAUCUCCUGGUUUUACAACAGUGCCCUGUUUACAACAGAUUGUGUUCUGUCUCAUCUGCAGCCGAGAACCUAGAGGAGUAUUUAGAGAAAGGGUUGACUAUAAAAUAGUGGGUAUUUCUUGCAUCUUUGAUUCAGAUUGUCUGCCAUUUGAAUUUGCUUCAUAUGUAAAUCAAAGUGCUUUGAUUAAUUGCAUAAUCUUCCACGUUUUGCAUAUUUUUGGUAGCAGUGUGUGUAUUAACGGAGAUACAAGUGCAAGUACAAAAUCAUUUAUUGUCAUUUAUUUAGCUGAACCUUUAUGGUUUAGUUGACAGUUAAAGAAAAAUGCUUUCAAUUAAAAGAUCAGAAAUGCAAUUGACACUUGAGUAUGGUUCAUGAAGUUAUUUUUGAUAGUCUUAAAUUACUUGAAUUCUUCAAAGUGCAGUAUAUUUUUAAUUAUAUUACAAAAACUCAACUAUGUGUAUAUGGUCUUGUUUCUGUUGUUUCCUUUUAAAAGUUCAUGCUCAUGUUUAAUUGCUCAUUUUAAAUGAUGUGAAUUCUUUUAGUCAAACUCUAUAAUUCACCUUUUCCCUUUCCCAAGCAAAUAUUUUUACCAGCUUCAACUUUUCUCUCUCGCGCUCUCUCUCUCACUCUCUCUCUUUCUCUCUCUCUCUCUCUCUCUCUCUUUUUGCUGAAAUGUCUUUUGACUUUAAAAUUUAAAUCAUUCACACACUAGUUAUACAAGACAUCAAAGUUUUGGUGGAGAAUGGAAGACUAAAAUCAGACAGCUUUAAUUGACAUUGUCAAGAACUCCAGUUAUCAGGAAUACAUUUUUUUACUGCCUUAACCUGUAGUGUGUAGAAUAUGCAUCUAAAUUUCUUGAGGGGGGAUUAGUGUUUUUAUAAGAAUUUUCAUGUAAGUAUUGCAGUUGUAGUUAAAUAAGGAACAUUUCCCACUUGAAACUGUAUUGAUUUAAAUGAUGUGUGAAAUGUUUCAUUUUCAGGCACUGUGUAAUUAUAUUGUAAUGAAAGGGCAGGUAUCUUUGUAUCUAUAAAUAGUGCAUGCUCAGCCAUGUACACUGUAAAUAGCCUUUACCAAAUGUGUUUGACAAGGACCAUAAUUAACAUCCCUUAGUGAAUUGUGAUCAAGAAAAAAAAAAAAAGCCAUGAAUUAUUUGAUGCAAUUGGCUUUAGUUGUUUUUACGUGCUCAGAGAAAUUGUUUGUAACAGCUGUAACCAAUGGUACUGAUCCAACCACCCAAUAUUGUCUUAUUUUACUUGACAGCAGUUUGGUAGUAUUAACUUACAAAUGCUAGAAGGGGUAGAGAAACAAAAUUACUUUAGUUUUUGCUGAAGAUUGGCCUUUAUCAAUGAACUGCUUUCCUAAUAGUGAUUGCUUACUUUUAUACAGGUGUUAACAUCUGUUUCAGGAACAUGGCAGUAUGUUUACAUGUUCAAAGUUUUGUUUAAUUCAGUGACACUUCUAAGUUGAUUGUUUAAAUAAAUUGAGCAAAUGA